UGCACAAUCUUCUAGCAAAGGUUAUCCAGUACCUGAACAUGAUCAUGGCAGAAUCACCAGGCCUCCUCACCAUCUGCCUUUUAGGAUAUCUACUCAUUGCUGAAUGUGCAGUUUUCCUUGAUCAUGAAAAUGCCAACAAAAUUCUGAAUCGGCCAAAGAGAUACAAUUCAGGUAAAUUGGAAGAGUUUGUUCAAGGGAAUCUGGAGAGAGAAUGUAUGGAAGAAAAGUGUAGUUUUGAAGAAGCACGAGAAGUUUUUGAAAACACUGAAAAAGCUACUGAAUUUUGGAAGCAAUAUGUUGAUGGAGACCAGUGUGAGUCCAACCCAUGUUUAAAUGGUGGCAUGUGCAAGGAUGACAUUAAUUCCUAUGAAUGUUGGUGUCAACCUGGAUUUGAAGGAAAGAACUGUGAAUUAGACGCAACAUGCAGGAUUAAGAAUGGCAGGUGCAAGCAGUUUUGUAAAAAGGGCACUGGUAACAAGGUGCUUUGUUCCUGUACAGCAGGAUAUCGACUUGCAGAAGACCAACAGUCCUGUGAACCAGCAGUGCCAUUCCCAUGUGGGAGAGUUUCUGUAGCACUCCCUUCUGACGAGUUCACCCGUGCUGAGACUAUUUAUCCCAAUAGGGACUAUGGAAAUUCUACUGAAGAUGAAAAUAUUGAGGAUAACGUCACUCAAAGCACCCAACCAUUUAACAACUUCACUCGAAUUGUUGGUGGAAAAGAUGUCAAACCAGGUCAAUUCCCUUGGCAGGUCGUUCUGAAUGGUAAAAUUCAAGCAUUAUGUGGAGGUUCCAUCAUUAAUGAAAAAUGGGUCGUAACUGCAGCCCACUGUAUUGAACCUGGUGUUAAAAUUACCGUUAUUGCAGGUAAACAUAACAUUGAGAUGGAGGAACAAACAGAACAAAAGCGAAAUGUGAUUCGCACUAUUCUUCACCACAGCUACAAUGCAACUAUUAAUAAGUACAGCCACGACAUUGCCCUUCUGGAAUUGGAUAAACCCUUAAUGCUAAACAGCUAUGUAACACCUAUUUGCAUUGCUGACAAGAAAUACACAAACAUCUUUCUCAAUUUUGGGUUUGGCACAGUGAGUGGCUGGGGGAGAGUCUUCAACAGAGGGAGAUCAGCUUCAGUUCUUCAGUACCUUAAAGUUCCACUUGUUGACCGAGCCACAUGCCUUCACUCCACAAAGGUCACUAUCUAUAAUAACAUGUUCUGUGCCGGCUUCCAUGAGGGAGGGAAAGAUUCAUGCCAAGGAGACAGUGGGGGGCCCCAUGUUACUGAAGUGGAAGGCAUCAAUUUCUUAACUGGAAUUAUUAGCUGGGGUGAAGAGUGUGCAGUGAAAGGAAAAUAUGGAAUAUAUACCAGGGUAUCCCUGUAUGUCGACUGGAUUAAGGAAAAAACAAAACUCACUUAAAGAAAAAUGCAUGUUUAAGAUUAACAUAUUUGGGGUUCAAAAUUAACAAGGUCAUUUACUAACUAAUCACUUUUCUAUCUCAUCAAAUUUGAAUAUAUACAUUCUAUGAACAUUGCUUUUGCAGUUUAUGGGAGAAGUCUAUUUAGAACUGAUAUUUUACUAGAACAAGUAGAUUAGAAAAUGGAAUCACUUGAAAAUAUAGGGUCCAGCAGAAGUAAGGCCUGCUUGAGUGUGGUUGGUAGGGAAAUAAUAUGGGUGUAAGUAAUUUAUAGUUUUAAUUUGAACAUUUCACCUAAAAUGUCAUAUGGUGUGCUUGAGU